CUGCCGAGAAGAAGGCCGCCGCUCCCAAGAAGGCUGCCGAGAAGAAGGCUGCUCCGGCGAAGAAGGCCGCCCCAGCCAAGAAGGCUGCCGAGCCCAAGAAGGACGCCGCCGCCUCGAAAAAGAAGCCCGCCGCGACCAAGGCCAAGAAGUAAAUAGGCACAGCUCUUGACGACGUUAUAUUUCACUUCACAACUUGUCCAUUCCGCUCUAUAUUUCAAUUCCUUUCCUUAUUUUCUCUUCACCAGAUGUGUUAUUAAAACUUUUUCAACAUCCCAUUCUACCUGCGCACACCAGGCGCGCCUUUUCCCGCACGUGCUACUGCCUGGUAGCAACGGGUCGUUUCUUGGCAGUAGGCGGUUUCUUUCGCACUUUUUCUCUUUGUUCCCAAUGAUAAUGGCGAUGACUAGCGUGACCCUUAUCGACGGUUGGGUGGGCGGUUGCGCUGUGCUUGCUCUCGACAUGGGUGUUUGUCAUGGUUCUUGGCCCGAGCCGGAUGUUCCGCGACACCGUCGUCGAGCAUGCGUACGUGGGGUUGACCGAGACUGGGCCGCGGGCGCUGGAGCGGGCUGUGCGCACGACGCUGGGGAACCCGGUGGCCGAGCACAGCAAGCGCCUCGUGCACCGGCUGUUUGGGCAGCGCAACCCGAUGUUUCUGAUAAUUACCGUAGCGCUGUACCUCGGCGGCCUUGGGGUGUUUGUUUCGCAGGCCACCACAUAUAUCCCGAACCGGUAUCUCGGUGCGUACCACUGGAUGGCGAUAGUGCCAGUCAUUUCCGCCAGCAUGUUUUCGUAUGCGAUGGCGUGCAUGUCGGACCCGGGCAUCGUGACCAAGGCGAACGUCGGCGCGGCGUGCCGGCGGUUCCCGUACGACAACCUGCUGUUCUUCAGGAAGGACUGCAGGACGUGUCGGAUGGCGAAGCCUGCAAGGUCAAAGCAUUGCUCGGUUUGUGGGUGCUGCGUGGAGAUGGCGGACCACCACUGCGUGUGGAUCAAUAAUUGCGUUGGCCUGGGAAACGUGCGCUGGUUCGUCUUGUUCCUUGUCUCGUUCAGCACCGUGUGCGUGUAUGGCGCAGUCGUGCUUGGGACCGUUGUUCUGGAGCUGCGCCAUAUGCAUGGGCUGGAUAGGACAACCGUGUGGGAUGCAGAUGCCGGCAUGAAUGUCGCGAUGCCGCUCCGCCGCUCGCUGCUGGUGCUGGCGCAUAUGCACGGUACCCUGUGCGGGUUAGCAAUCCUGCUUGCCCUCUUGUCGCCGAUGGUGGCCGCGUUCUCCGCCUACCAGCUCUGGAUCCUGAUGUGCGGAUAUACGGGCAACGAGGAGUCCAAGUGGGCCAACAUCGCAAUGGCCAUUGACGACAAGGUUGCAUUUGCAGUCAAGAUGCCCGAUGGCUCGUCGAUGAUCCAGGCAAUCGAGCUGGAGGACCAGGAGAAGGACACGCGCGAGAAGCGGCUGGUCGAGAGCUUGGCCGAGCUGGACAAUAUCUAUGACCUGGGCGUGUGGCAGAACCUGCGGCUCGUAUGGCUUGGCCGUCGCCUCAAGCAAUAAUUUGCUGCGCAUAUUGGUCCGUGGUCCCCCAAUCUCCCCUGUCCAUCCACACUAUAGCCGGCUCGCAAAUCAAGCCUGCAAUCUGGGGUGAUCAGGAGAAAAAAAGUUUGGCUGGGCGGUGGGAAGCACACAAAAGAGCCGCAUCUGGGACUUAUUUUCUCCCUCUUUCACCUGUACGAAAUUCGAUUUUUUUUUA